AUGGGAGCAUCUCCAGGAUUCACGGCCUUCCUUACAACCUCCUGGGCAAUCAUUUUCGCGGGUAAUUUACUCCUCGCGUUGCUUCUACCCGGCCUACUCGCUCGAGAGUUUCUCAAGCGGUACGCAAAGCGCGAUAUACUGGAGGCUGCUAAAGUGGGUUACUCUAUAGCGGGGCAGCGGAGAGGCGGGCGAGUGGUGGUGCUGCGAGGGCGAGUGAGCCUGCCUUCCAUGUCAGCAUCAAUGCCAGGAGGGUCGAGCCUCGAUGGAGAUCACGGUUUCCUCAUCAUGAGCACCUCUCUCCAAUCCUACCACUCGCGCCGAGCGACAGCGUUCUAUCGCAGCCGCGAGCACCUGCGGCAGAUCCUGGCCGUCGAUUUCCGCAUAUCCGACAGCAACGGGGACAGCAUCCUGGUGUGCGGGCGGCGGGCGGCGGACCGUGGGAAACUGGCGGCGUUUGUGCAGCACGGGACGGUGGUGCCUUUGGCGUCUAGCAAGCGGAUCAUCGGCUUCCUGGAUACUUCCUGGCUGGAGCAGGAGCAGCAGUUUCUGGAGACUCAUCCCAACUUGCAGCCUUCGGAUCUGGUUAUCUCCCGAGGCACCUUACUCGUCCCCAUCCAACCCACCCUUUCCUCUCAUCUACCCCGCAGGAUGGUCACGGAGGGGCAGACAGUGAGUGUGAUGGGGCUUCUACUAGAAGCGAGACCUCUCGAGGACGACGGGGAGACGAUUCGCAGCAGCAGCGUGUGGUCUACAGCUCAGGAGGGUCUGGUGCUGGAGCCGCUGGGCUCGCCUGUGAACGUGGGCGAAUUCUUCCUCUGCUGGGGCUUUUUUCCCGUGUACUUUCCCACCUGGGUGUCCGGGCUACUCGUCUCGGACAAUCAAGGGCUGUUUUAA